UGCUGCGAGAUGACUUUAGACAAAAUCCUACUGAUGUGGUGGUAGCUGCCGGAGAACCUGCAAUUCUCGAAUGUGUUCCACCCAGAGGCCAUCCUGAGCCCACCAUCUUCUGGAAAAAGGACAAAGUGCGAAUCGAUGAUAAGGAUGAUAGGAUUACUAUCCGAGGAGGGAAGCUUAUGAUCUCCAACACAAGAAAAAGUGAUGCUGGCAUGUACGUCUGUGUGGGGACCAACAUGGUUGGAGAACGAGACAGUGAAACAGCACAAUUAACAGUAUUUGAGCGACCAACCUUCCUCCGGAGGCCCAUCAACCAGGUAGUCCUAGAGGAGGAGAUGGUGGAGUUUCGUUGCCAGGUGCAAGGAGACCCCCAACCCAAUGUACGCUGGAGGAAAGAUGACAUUGAUGUUCCUCGUGGGAG